AUGUCUGACUCCGACGACCGCGAGACCAAGCCCUUCAAGUUCGUGACUGGCUUCGACGCCCGCUUCCCGAACCAGAACCAGACCAAGCACUGCUGGCAGAACUACGUCGACUACCACAAGUGCAUUCUCGCCAAGGGUGAGGAGUUCGCGCCCUGCCGCCAGUUCCUCCUCGCCUACAGGUCGCUCUGCCCCAGUGGCUGGGUCGAGCGCUGGAACGACCAGCGUGAGGCCGGCACCUUCCCCGUCCGCCUGGAUCAAUAG